AUGAGCCGUCCUGGCUCAGUCCUUCACAUCAUGAAAGCGGCCAACGUGGACCAAUCACGGAUGCUAAAACAGUCGAUAUGCCCCGUUAGAGCUAGUAACUGGAUCUUCUCGGUCUCGUGGGGAUACUCAGCUCACAUCUACGAGAAUGUAUUCCCAAGAAGCUACUUGAAGCGUCCUAUAGAGACAUUCCGCCCUUGGCUCCGAGGAUGGCCUCAUGGUUAUAUGUUUAACACGAGACCGGUUUCUAGAGAUCCGUGUGAAGCUCCUCACUGGUUCUUCUUCGAUUCAGUUGAACAGGAGAAGGAAAGAAUUGUUACUUCCUACACAACGAAGUUUCGUAGAAACAUGACUUCUUGUUCCUUCUCUGGUAAUAUAUCUGCUGAUCCUAUCACUUUGAUCAGAGUCUUCUCUCCCAAAACUCCCAAAGAGGAGAGAAAAGUGGAAUGUUGCGACGUGGAAUAUGAUGGUGGAGAUGUGGCAACCAUGAGGCUUAGAGAUUGUAGAUAA